AUGGACAUAGCAGAAGGUGUAACACCUGCAUAUCUGAAAUUGGCUCAGAUCAAAUUUUGCCUCACUCUACCACAGUUCAAAGAUGACCCAGAACUUAUCUCAUCAUUGUUAGCCGGUAUAGUCUAUAAUAAUAUGGCUCCCUAUUACCAAGAGGUUUGCACAGAUUUGUCAUGGAAGUUUGACCAAAAUCUUUAUGAUAAAAUGGCAUCAAAUAAUGCCAAACGUAUGGCAGAACUUGAACAAGAAAAAAAUCCAACCAUGGUCGACGAUGAUGACCCGGUAUCCGGCAUAUGGCAAGCAAAAUUGUUAUAUUUAUGUUCUAUUGGGGACCGUGAACAAGCUACUAAAUUAGCAGAGUCUAAAUUGGAAGAGAAAAAUGUACCUAAAUCUCAGCAAAUUGAUACUGUUUUUGCUUUAUUCAGAGUGGCAUAUUUCCAUGGAUGUGAUAUACCAGCUAUGAAGAAGGCUAUAGAUAAGGCUACAGAGUUAAUUGAAGGAGGAUCCGGGGGUGACUGGAGUGCUAGGAACAAAUUGAAAGCGUACGAUGGCAUUUGGAGUUUAGCAAUACGAGACUUCAGUCGUGCUGCCAAGCUGUUUGUAGAUGUUGUGCCUACAUUCGAAUCAUAUGAACUUGCAGACUUCAGUACCAUCAUCAAGUAUACUAUAUACUCGUCAAUGAUAGCUUUUCCGAGAUACGAGUUAAAGAAAACUCUUAUGCACCAUGGUGUCAUGGCUCAGGCUCUGAACUCUGAUUCCAAAGAACUCAAAGACUAUUUUGUAUCAUUAUACGAUGGUCAAUACUCAAAAUUCCUUGUCUAUCUGGCACGCAUUGAGAAAAACAUGAAGGAAGAUCCUCUUUUACAUCCUCACUACAAAUACUAUGUCCAAGAGAUGAGACUGUUGGCAUAUAAACAAAUAUUGCAAGCAUACAGAUCUUUAAGUUUGGAUUACAUGGCUGAAUCAUUUGGUGUGACCAAAGCAUUUGUAGAGAAAGAAGUGGCUAGAUUUGCAGCUGCUGGUCGUUUGACCUGUAAAAUUGAUCAUGUCGCCGGAGCUGUGGUAACUAGUAGCACGUCCAAGUGCAGUUUACAAUUAGGAGCACCAGAAUCCAGAUUGGAGCGUGGCAUAUUAUAUCAGACGACUGUCAAAAAGGGAGAUAUACUUUUAAACAGACUAAAGAAGUUGGCCCGCGUUAUGGAUUUCUAA